AUGAAGUUCCUGGUGAUAGCGGCUUUCCUAGCCGCGGCGACCGCGUCGGCGAUCAAGGAUGAGCACACCGUUCUCAUUGGCAAGGACAUGCUUGUCAACGUGGACAUUAAGACCAAGGAAGUUCUGUGCAUGAAGCUCCUGAACUUCAUCUUGCAGCCGACCGUGUACGAAGAUAUCAGGGAUGUAGCAAGGGACUGGGAUCUGGAAGUUAACAUGGACAAGUACCUGAAAAUCGACGUCGUGAAGAAGUUCAUCGAUUUCUACAAGAUGGGCUUCCUUCCCCGCGGCGAAGUUUUCGUCCAUACCAACGAGAAACAGAUGGACGAAGCCAUUCUGGUGUUCCGUCUGAUGUACUUCGCGAAGGACUUCGACACCUUCAUCAGAACCGCCUGCUUCCUACGCGAGCGCAUCAACGGGGGCAUGUUCGUGUACGCUUUCACCACAGCCGUGUUCCACCGGGAAGAUUGCCGCGGAAUAAUCUUACCAGCUCCAUAUGAAAUCUACCCCUACUUCUUCGUAGACGGCCACAUCAUAAACAAGGCUUUCAUGCUCAAGAUGACCAAAGCAGCCACCGACCCUGUCAUUUUCGACUACUACGGCAUUAAAGUCACCGACAAGAACUUAGUCGUCAUUGACUGGCGUAAGGGAUUGCGUCACACUCUGAGCGAGCACGACCGUCUCAACUACUUCACUGAAGACAUCGACGUCAACACCUUCUUCUACUACCUGCACAUGAACUACCCGUACUGGAUGAGCGACGAUGUCUACGGCUUAAAUAAGGAACGUCGUGGUGAGGUGACCAUGUACGGCUACCAGCAAUUGCUCGCUCGGUACAGGCUCGAGCGCCUGUCCCACGGUAUGUGUGAUAUUAAGAUGAUCAUGUGGGACAAGCCUCUGAAAACAGGCUACUGGCCCAAGAUCCGCCUGCACACCGGGGAAGAGAUGCCUGUGCGCCGCAAUUACGUAUCCCUUAUUAACAAGGACAACUUGAAAUACAAACUGUACGUUGAUGACGUUGAAAGGUACAUCCGCGAGGGCAUCAUGAAUGGACGUGUUACACGCCGUGACGGUACCGUCAUCACCCUGAAAAAGGCUGAGGACUUCGAGAACCUCGCCAGGAUGUUGCUCGGAGGUCUGGGUAUCAUGAACGAUGACGCCAAGGUAAUCCACGUCGUGCACUUGUUCAGGAAGCUGGUUUCUUAUGGCAACUACAACUUUGACAAAUACACAUAUAUUCCAACUGCAUUGGAUAUGUACUCCACCUGUCUGCGCGACCCUCUCUUCUGGAGAAUCAUGAAGCGCAUCACCGAAAACGCCGUCCUCUUCAAGAAGUACCUGCCCAAAUACACAAAGGACGAGCUCGACUUCCCCGGAGUCAGGGUUGAACGUCUCUUUACAGACAAGCUGGUUACCUUCAUGGACGAUUAUGAUAUCGACAUCACCAACGCUCUAUACCUCGACAACAGUGAAAUGAUGAAGAAGAAGUCCGACUACACAUACGUCGCGAGAAUGCACCGCCUGAACAACCAUCCGUUCAAGGUCACCAUCGAAGUCAUGUCCGAAAAGGCGGUCGAUGCCGUUGUCAGAGUGUUCUACGGACCCAAAUACGACUGUAUGGGACGUCUUCUCAACUUCAACGACAAGCGUAUGGAUAUGGUGGAAAUCGACAGCUUCAUCUACAAACUUGACACUGGCAAGAACACUAUUGUGCGCAACUCCGUGGAAAUGCACGAUGUGAUCACUGACAGACCCUGGACCCGCCGUAUCCUGGACAACACUAUUGAGAACACCGGCAGCGUCGACCGCGUUGUUAACAGCUACUGGUACAAGACUCGCAUGGGAAUUCCGCACAGAAUGCUCCUGCCUCUGGGACGUUACGAUGGCCUUCCUCUGCAGUUCUUCGUAAUCGUCACCCCUGUCCGUACCGGACUCCUGCUGCCCACAGUCGACAUCAACAUAAUGAAGGACCGUCACACUUGCCGCUGGUCCAGCUGCUUCGACACGAUGCCACUCGGCUUCCCCUUCGACAGAGACAUCGACACGACUCACUUCGUCACCAACAACAUGAAAUGGAUGGACGUCUUCGUUUACAGGAAGGAUCUAGCUACAUCUAACACUGUGAAGGACAUCGACACCUCCGACAUGGUGAUGAAGCGCGACGACAUGACCUACUUGGACAGCGACAUGUUGGUCCGACGGUCCUACAGAGACGUGAUGAUGAUGAGCUCUGACAAGAUGCUGCGACUUUAA